AAGGAAAUCCUCGGAGUCAUAGGUGGUUUCAAUAUCUGAAUAUCUACCGAGGAAAUCAGAGGAUGAGUUCCUGUACAUAUGGGACUAAUCUUUGCAUCAUUUAGAUUGUGAUGUUGGAUUUUUUAAUGUGUUUUAUGCGUGUCUCCGUGAGCCAUGAUGGAUAUAUAAAUGAACCAAUUCUUGUUUUAUGGAUGAUUGUGCUUUGGCUUGAAAUAAUUUGGAUGAGACGAGAGUAGAUGAGAUUUACCUAUUGCUGGAUUAAAAAAUAAUAUUCAAAACCGUGACGUCAUUGAAGCGAAUGCGGCCGCUCGUCACAUAUCUCCUCAAACGCGACCUUCAAUUCAACGUCAAACGCGGCAAUGUAACAUCAUCAGCAUGUGCGGGAGAUACGCACUACACCUGGUAAGUCAUCUACCACCCUAUCGAUUAAAGACUUGCUAAUAAAAUAAAGCGACCUUCAGAGGUUCGCCAAUAUCUCGAAAAUGAGAAUAUGCCCGUCUGGGAAGCGCCAGAUGACGAGGGUAUUGGCGCACCAAGACAAAGUUACAAUUUUGCUCCCGGGUAUCAUGGUAUUGUUUACCGGGCAGAUGUACCAGAUUGGGGUGCGGGACCGAGACUACAUAAAGAGGCCGGUGCUGAUGGGACUGAGGAGAGAGUUACCGAGUCGGAAGCUCCCAAAACGGAAGCCACUGAGCAAGAAGAGCAUGCGAAUGAGGCUGUUCGAUAUAAGCUACAGAGUAUGAAAUGGGGUUUGAUACCAUUUUGGACGAAGCGCAAUCCAGAUUAUGGAUCGAUGAUGAAGACUAUUAAUUGUCGUGAUGAUUCUUUGAUUGAGAAUAGAGGGAUGUGGAAUACGAUGAAGCAAAAGAAGAGGUGUGUUGUUGUUGCAGAGGGAUUCUAUGAGUGGCUGAAGAAGGGAAAGGAGAAGGUACCACAUUACAUCAAGAGGAAAGAUGGACAAUUGAUGUGCAUGGCGGGACUAUGGGAUGUCGUUCAAUAUGAAGGUUCGGAUGAAAAACACUAUACUUACACCAUCAUCACAACGAGUUCGAAUAAGCAGUUGAAUUUUCUACAUGAUAGAAUGCCAGUCAUUCUCGACAAUGGUUCGGAGGAUGUCCGUACUUGGCUUGAUCCGAAAAGAUCAUCUUGGUCGAAAGAACUUCAAUCUCUCCUGAAGCCAUAUGAGGGAGACUUGGAGGUUUAUCCAGUAAGCAAAGAAGUAGGAAAAGUGGGCAAUGAUUCUCCUAAUUUCAUUGUCCCAGUGGCAAGCACGGAGAACAAAUCCAAUAUUGCCAAUUUCUUUGCUAAAGGGGGUAAGAAAGAUGUAAAAGCGUCAUCUAAAGCAUCAGAUGCACCUAAAAAAUCCAAGGAAGAAGAUACUAAACAUACACCAAUCAAAGAAGAGUCUACAAACAGAGACGAUCGCAAAACUAUUGAUCAUGAUGGCUCUGAGGAUAAUUCACCUUUACCUGUGCCUAAAAAGGAAAACAGGCAAGGAAUAAAACACGAACUUGACGGUGUUGAUAUCGGAGAGCCGCCCAAAAAAUCAAGACGCACGUCUGCAAGCCCGCAGAAAGUCUCUCCGCCUGUCGCAUCAACCCGGAAGACUAGAAGUGCUACGAGCAAUAACUAUGGAAGUCCGAAGAAAUCUUCGGAUCAAAAAAAGGGAAGUCAAAAGAUUACAAAUUUCUUUAGUAAAUGAGGGCAAUGGAAGAUCACCACAAGGCGCUCGGGGAUAUUUUGCAUGGCGAGAUGGGAUGGAAUUUGGUAUAGGUAAUUUACCGUAAUUCAGGAAGACCGUGUUGUGAAUUUGGCGGGUACUUUGUGAUUUCUGCUCCGAGAAUUCUCCUUUCUUCCUUCAAUCUUUUAAUCUCCAGCAAUUAUGAUGGAUGGGUGCUGCAGGAUGGUCAAUCUAAUAGUCGGUUGAUAAAGCUACAAGCUUUUCCAUAACCUACCUACUGGUUCAUGAGACGUAGUAAGAUUACAAACUUCUUGAAGUUUAACUACUGUGCAAUCGAGUUACACGACCAAAACCCUCAACGACUAUUCCUGAAGGAAUUACAUUCUCCCCCGAUAUGAUUUAUUCCAAACACAUGGAAGCAAAUAUACAUAUUCGGUGUAGCUUUUAUUGCUCUCUAGCAGAAGGUCUUCUUCAUGGAACGCGAUUUUCUAUCAUAUAUACCCUAUCUUUGCGGUUGCCAUUUCCAUUCUUAACCACGUGGCCUACAAUGAUAUGAUGAUGUAUCUUCUCUCCACAAAACAUGUGCUACGGGGAGACAAUCUUCCACUCAGUAUCUGUCUGCAGGACUAGAUAUUAAAUAUCGCUAUACACCAUUAGUAUUGCGGACUCCCUAGAUUUAGAGCAGCAAUUUAAAGAUUGAAAUCUUCCAUAGCGAGUAUCCUCCGAUCUUAGCAUCGAAGAAGCUUCAU